AAUUUGGUGGCGUGUGCGGGAUCUCGAAGGUCUCGUAUCAUUCAAGUCUCAAAGGCGAGCCACGAAGUUAGUGCUGGGGCGUGGGCAAUCUCGAAGGCUGUCUUACGUUCAAGGCUCAAAGUCGACCUGGGUUCUCGACCAGAUCGGAAACUUGCUCGAAAUUGGGAAAGUAAACAUAGAAAGAUGUCUAGUGAAGCUUCGAAUUCGAUUAACUUUUACAGGAAUAUACAGAACAAUGGGAUCAUAGCGUCAGAAGCUACUAAAAAUAGGA